AUGAACCGCGCCAUAAGCAAUUGGGUCAUAUGCGGCAAGCGUAGCUCCAGACAAGCCUGCGCAGAGAAUCAUUCUGAGGUCUGGUUUCCGCGUCACAUUUCUGAGCUCGACAACUGCACGCAUGUAAUUACCAAGUUCGAGCCCGAACUCGACUGUGACCAUCCGGUAAGUGUUCCUUUAUUUACCUGGCACCGACGGCUAAUUAUACAUGGUCAGACGAUCCCCCGAGUUCAGUAUGCUGAGUCCGAGACGAAAGCUUGGACACACAUCUAUGAGCGUCUGAAGACCCUGAUGCCGAAGUACGCAUGUCAGGAAUACCUCGCAGCGUUCCAACUGCUGGAAAAGGAGGGACUAUACACUGCACAUAAUAUUCCACAACUGGAGGACGUUUCUAACUUCCUUAAAAGACGGACGGGGUUCCAGCUACGUCCGGUAUCUGGCCUGCUGUCCGCACGGGACUUCCUGGCCAGUCUCGCGUUCCGGACGUUUCAGUGCACCCUGUUCGUCCGCCACCCCUCCAAACCGGACCACUUACCGGAACCAGACUGUAUUCACGAGCUUUUGGGUCACGUGCCUAUGCUGGCGGACCCCAUGGUGGCCCAGUUUUCGCAGAAUCUCGGGCUCGCAAGUCUCGGGGCGUCGGACGCCGACAUCGGAAAGUUGGCGACGCUGUACUGGUUCACGGUCGAGUUUGGAAUAUGCAAGCAGAAGGGCAAACUGAAGGCCUAUGGCGCCGGCAUUUUGUCCUCAUACGGGGAGUUGGCGCAUGCGCUUUCAGACAAGCCGGAAAAGCGCCCGUUCGACCCAGACAAGACGGCCGUUCAAGCGUACACGGACGAAGACUUGCAGCCGUUGUAUUUCGUUGCGGAGUCUUUUGAAGACAUGAUGAAAAAAAUGAAGGCAUACGCGUCUCGGAUCCGGCGCCCGUACGAGGUGAGAUACGACCCGUACCAGCUCAGGGUGGUGCUAGACGACAAGCUGGCCAUGAAGAAACUCACAGAGAAUAUAACCCUGGACGUCGAACAGCUGAAACGAGCCAUGGCUGCGAUAGAGACCUAA